GUCCACCCAGAGAGUCACGAUUCCCAAAUCCGAAACCCUAGAAACUGAGAAAAGCAAAUUCCGUGUCCACUCAGAGACUCACGAUUCCCUCUCCCUCGACUCGUUUCUUACUCCGAUCCUUCCCAAUUUUAAUUUUUUUUCAGAAUUCAACAUUUCCUCAUCAAUUACUCAUCAUCUUCAUUCAUUCAGAUUGAUCGGUGCAUGUUUGGCGUGUUACAAACAUGGAAGUAGUUGGGUUGUUAUAGGCUUGUUAGAAGGCAGGGGAUAUCAUAGACGAAUGGUGUGAAGAUGGCGUCGCAUCGCUCUUCUGGAUACAUGGACCCGGGUUGGGAUCAUGGUGUUGCUCAAGAUGACAAAAAGAAGAAGGUUAGAUGCAAUUACUGUGGCAAAGUUGUUAGCGGCGGAAUCUACAGACUGAAGCAACACCUUGCCCGGCUUUCUGGUGAGGUAACUUAUUGUGAUAAGGCUCCAGACGAGGUGCGUCUCAAAAUGAGGGAAAAUUUGGAGGGGCGUCGUGUUAGUAAGAAAUCAAGGCACAGUGAGUACGAGGAGCAAUCCUAUUUGAACUUCAGUGCUGCUGAUGAUUUGGAGGAAGAAGAGCACUUUGGAUAUAGGAAAAAAGGUAAGCAAUUGUUGAUUGACAAGGAUUUAGCGGUGAAUAUGACUCCACUUCGUUCAUUAGGAUAUGUUGAUCCUGGUUGGGAGCAUGGUGUACCUCAGGAUGAGAGGAAGAAGAAGGUGAAAUGUAAUUACUGUGAGAAGAUUGUGAGUGGAGGUAUCAACCGGUUUAAGCAGCAUCUAGCUAGGAUACCCGGUGAAGUUGCUCCUUGUAAGAAUGCACCGGAGGAAGUUUAUCUCAAAAUAAAAGAAAACAUGAGAUGGCACCGUACCGGUAGAAGGCACAGGCGACCUGACACUAAGGAAAUAUCUACAUUUUACAUGGAGUCAGAAAAUGAGGAGGAAGAGCAGGAAGAUGAAGCUGUUUACCCAAUGGGUAAUCAUAGGCUUAUACACGGUGAUAGAAGAUUCGAUAGAGAUUUCAAGAGGACUUCCAAAGGGUUGUCUGCCUGUAAUGGAUCUGAUCUGACACCGAAAAGGCCAAGGUAUGAUGCUAAUGUCCUGAAGACACCAAAAACUCAACCGGCAGUAGGUGGAAAGCUAGUGAAAAUGGGUCCAUCCAAGAGGUCCCGUAGAGAAGUCAUUUCUGCAAUAUGCAAGUUUUUCUACCAUGCUGGUGUGCCUUCUCAAGCAGCCAACUCCUCUUAUUUUCAUAAAAUGCUAGAGCUGGUAGGUCAGUAUGGCUCAGAUUUGAUAGGACCAUCUAGCAAUAUGUUAUCAGGGCGGUUUCUACAAGAUGAAAUACUGACAGUCAAAAACUACCUCGAGGAGUAUAAGUCUUCUUGGGCAGUGACAGGGUGUUCCGUUUUAGCAGAUAGUUGGAGAAACUCUCAAGGCAGGACACUGAUCAACAUUUUGGUAUCCUGCCCUCGUGGAGUAUAUUUUGUUUGUUCAGUUGAUGCAACAGGUCUAGUUGAUGAUGAAACCUAUUUGUACAAAUUGCUUGACAAAGUGGUAGAAGAUAUGGGGGAGGAAAAUGUAGUGCAGGUAAUCACUCCAAGUACACCCAGUUAUCAAGCUGCUGGGAAGAUGAUUGAAGAGACGAGGAGAAAUUUGUUUUGGAUACCUUGUGCCACAUAUUGUAUUGAUCAAAUGCUCGAAGAUUUUAAGAAACUAAACCGUGUUCGGGACUGUAUAGAGAAAGGGCAAAAAAUUACAAAAUUCAUUUACAAUAGGAUCUGGUUGUUAAAUUUGAUGAAAAGAGAAUUCACUGGAGGUGAGGAACUUCUGAGUCUGUCUGCCACUCAAUCUGCUUCAAGUUUCAGUACAUUGCAAAGUCUUCUUGACCACAGGGUUGAUCUAAGAAAAAUGUUUCAGUCAAACAAAUGGCUUUCAUCUAGAUAUUCUAAAUUAGAUGAAGGUAAAGAGGUGAAGAAUAUUGUGAUGGAUUCCUCAUUUUGGAGGAAGGUACAGUAUGUCAAAAGAUCAGUAGACCCCAUACUUGAAGUCCUUCAAAAGAUCGAUAGUGAUGAGAGCCUCUCGAUGCCAUUCAUCUACAAUGAUAUGAACCGAGCGAAGCUUGCUAUAAAAAUCAAUCACAGUGAUGAUGCACGUAAAUAUGAAUCUUUUUGGAGUGUUAUUGACAAUCACUGGGAUUCGUUGUUUCACCACCCUCUCUAUCUGGCUGCUUACUUCCUGAAUCCUUCAUACCGAUAUCGGCCAGACUUUGUCCUGCAUCCCGAUGUCGUACGUGGUCUGAAUGCUUGCAUUGUGAAAUUGGAACCAGACAGUGCUAGAAGAAUUUCAGCAUCUAUGCAGGUGAAGGUUUUCAUGUUAUAUCUGUUAUACCCUUUUCCAAAUCUAGCAAUUUCCAAUUGUGUAUUUGCAUAUUUUCCCCAAACAGUUGUAAUGUUGUAUUUCAGAUUUCUGACUUUGGCUCUGCAAAAGCUGAUUUUGGAACCGACCUGGCAAUUAGUACCAGAUCAGAGCUUGAUCCAGGUUAUACCAUCAACAUGCUCAAACCGAACUACUCCUACAUCUGUAAUUUUCACUGAGAGCAAUCUCCUUUUCUCUCUAGCUGCCUGGUGGCAACAACAUGGGAUUAAUUGUUUAGAGUUGCAACGAAUUGCUGUACGCAUACUGAGUCAAAGUUGCUCAUCUUUUGGGUGUGAGCAUAACUGGAGUGUACACGAUCAGAUGCACAGACAUAGACAAAACCGGCUAUCACAGAAGAGAUUGAAUGAAGCAAUCUAUGUUCACUAUAAUUUGAGACUAAGGGAACGCCAGAUGAGGAAAAGGUCCAGUAAGUCAACGUCCCUAGACAGUGUUCUGCAAGAAGAUCUACUGUAUGACUGGAUCGUGGAGACAGAGAAACAAGCAUUGCAAGAAGACGAGGAAAUCCUUUAUAGUGAAAUGGAACAUGGUGAUGGAUACGAAAAUGAGGUGCACGACUUUGAUGAUGGACAUGGAGAUUCGAGAAAAGGAUCAAUGGAUAUGGUGCUAGCAGAUGUGGCAGAGCCACUGGAUGUCGAUGACAGCGCUCAGAAUGAUGCAGCUUCAGGCGAUGAUCAAGAUCUCGACUUCAUUGAAGAAGAUAUGACUGACUAGUCGCGACGGGUAUAGGUACUAUACGAUCUAAUUGGGUGUAAACUUUACUAGGGUUAUUCAUGUCGUUUGUUGUAUACACUGUAAUUGUUGCCCCAACGUACAUAACACAUUGUGUUUGCCCAGUUUUGUAAAUUCAUAAAAAGUAACCUUGGUGCCUAGGUCUUGCAACGUUUAUGUUUUGAAUAUAAAAUGCAUCGGCUUUUGAAUUGUAAAGGUA